GAAGAGGUGCUAAAGAGGAUUGAGGACAAGUCCAGGGCAAAGCCAGGAGGUCCUAGUAUGUUUAAGCAUUAUCAGGCAGCUGUGAAGAGAGUCAUGGCUGAAUUGUCUGACAAUGAGUUGGAGAAGGUGAAGGAAACAGCCAAAGAAUGGUCCAACAACUUUCCUCCUCCCAAGAUACAGGCACAAGUUGCUUGUAAGAAGGGACCUGCAUAUAUAGAGCACUUUUCAAAGGAGAUGUGGAAGCAAUGCAGGAUGAGAGUGUUUGUGAUAUUGGCUUGA